AGUGACAUUUCGGCGUGAUUUUUGUGAUUGAUUGCCCACAAUGAGACAUGCCCACAGAAAGCCAUGGUUUCUCUUCCUGCUCAUGGUAGCUUCUGACCUGUGCUUCAUCCAGACGGUUCGCAACCGUGCACAUUCGAGCAUCGCCCUGAAGAGCAUUGGCGACAGUCAGGAUGGAAGACCAGCACUACGUCCUCCGUUUCGGUUCCACACAUUGGCAAGCGAGGCUGCUAUAAAAGAAGGUCUGGAAGUCGAGCAGUAUUUAUCCAAUGUGUUGCAACGGCAAGAUGACUUCAUGAAAACCAACGAAGUGGUUGACAGGGGCGAUUUUUUAGAGUCGCUCCGGCAAGCAAUGCGCUCAACACAAUUUUCACUCGUACUCGGAGGGAAGAAUCUCGGCAAGACGCUGAUGCGCAAGCGAACCGUGUGCGAGCUUGAAAACGAGCCCAACGCAAACCUGACGUUCAUGGAUGUGAACAUGAGGGAGCAGCCCAGCAAAGAGCUCUUCAAGGCUAUCUUGGGCAGAGUAGCAUCCAAACGCUCUGAUUGGGCUGGAAUCCUGCAAAAGGUGGCUUCAAGCAUUGCCAGCCUUGCGAGUGCAGUAGCAAUUGGCACGAAUCCGGAGGUCGUAGCGCCAGCCGCUGCAACACCGAUAUCUGCUGCAGUAAAAGUGCUAGUCGACUCAUUGACAUCGAAUGAAAGGGAGCAGACCUUGUUGGAGCUAAUAGACACCUUCCACACCGAAGGCAAUGACACAUGCAUCCUCGUGGACGAGGCCAAUAUAGCAUUGCCAGCAGGUGAGGACCCGGAGAAUAUCCGCAAUGCGAGGCAAGCAUUGCAAUACUUCGUCAUGCUUACCAAGGAAGCAAAAAAAACAGGCGUGGUGCUCAUCACUUCAGACUUUGGCUAUCCUUUCCGGCUUCAAAACUGCGGCAUGAACCUGCAAGAUAUCCAACGCAUCAUCAACGUGAACGAAGUGCCCAAAGCGGACAUGCUGCAGCUCAUGGUGGACAGAUGGGGCAUGAGUGAGGACCUCGGAAAGGAGUUCUUCAGCUACUUCGGUGGAAACAUUGACAUUUGCUCCGCAGCAGUGAAGGAGUUGGCAAGCAAGAGGAGUGCUUUGGACCCAUUGUGCAUUGUGGAAGGCCCGGGCUUACCAGCUUGCGCUGCUGACCCUGAUGCAAAGAAACAUUUGCAAAACAUGCUGGAACAGGGGUGGUCUCCAGUUUUCGAUCUUGAGCUAGAUGCUGCUGCAAAGUUCAUCGCAGAAAGGAACGUAGGUGGCAUCGUUGCGAAGAGGGCAAAGUAUUUUGACCAACCCGAAAACAUGUGGAAUGGAAAUCAUGAAUUUGCCCUUGUACCAUCGGGCACGCUGAUGAGAUGGAAGAUUGGGAAGGAGCUGGCAAGGAUGGAGAGCAUGGAGAGCAUUGGCAAAGUUGCCUCGCAACCACCCCCAGCAGUGUGGGUCUGUCAGCUGGGAAGCCCUGAUGGCAAGGACUUUGAGAUCGUCGGCAACGCGUUUCAGGUCAAAGGUGUUUUGACAAACGUGGAUGAUCUUAAAGAAGCCAUCAAGCAGAAGAAGCCAAAUACAGUGUCUUGUGAUGCAGAUGAACUGGACAUAUACAGCCGGCAGGACGGUGGCUGGGUGAAAGAAGAGAAGAUGUCAGCAAGUCUGCGCGAGACAGAUGAGGCAGACUGCUACGGAUUCAUGUUGCCAGCUGGAGCUGCUGGAGCCACAUAGUUCGAGGCUACUGCUAGCUGUGGUCACUUGCUAUUCUCGGCUGAGGGAAUGCUGGGGCACAACGUUUCACCUCGUGCAGUGACAAAGGGUGCAGUCGCAGGCACAGUUGUUUCGUUGCAGUGCAUUUUUGCUUGACUCUUGAAGCGUAAGGGAGG